AUGCACGUAGCCAUGUUUCCAUGGCUGGCUAUGGGUCAUCUUCUUCCUUUUCUUCGUUUGUCCAAGCUGCUUGCGCAAAAGGGUCACAAGUUCUCCUUCAUAUUGACACCAAGAAACAUCGAGAGACUUCCCAAAUUACCAUCAAACAUCUCCUCCUCCAUCACCUUCGUCUCUCUCUCUCUCCCUCUCCCUCCCUUCUCCGGCUCAACACCAGGAUCAGAAUGCUCCAUGGAAAUCCCUUACAACAAGCAACAGUCUCUCAAAUCCGCCUUCGAUCUUCUCCAGGCACCGUUGACGGAGUUUCUCCAACGGUCGUCUCCAGAUUGGGUCAUAUUUGACUAUGCCUCUUACUGGCUUCCUCAAGUUGCGGCGGAGCUUGGAAUCUCCAAGGGUUUCUUCAGCAUCUUUAGCGCUGCAACCCUCUGUUUCUUGGGACCACCCUCGUCGGCUAUAAAAGAUAUCAGAUCAACGCCUGAAGACUUCACGGUGGUGCCGCCAUGGAUCCCAUUCCAAUCAAAUGUCGCGUUCCGUUAUCACGAAAUCACUUGGUACGGUGACAUGACGGAGGAAGAUCCUACUGGAGUCUCCGAUUCGGUCCGGUUCGGCUACUCCAUCAGUGGGAGUGAUGCGGUUUUCGUCCAUAGCUCCCUGGAACUCGAACCAGAGUAUUUUGGUUUACUACAAAAUUUGUAUGAAAAACCGGUGUUUCCGACCGGCUUUCUUCCAUCGAGUAUUGAAGAUGAGGUUGAAGGAGAUAGAGAUACAACAUGGGUUGGUAUAAAGAAGUGGCUCGACAAGCACCGAGUCAACUCAGUGGUCUACGUAGCACUAGGUACCGAGGCUAGCCUUUCUCCAACGCAACUCGCCGAGCUGGCUCAUGGGCUGGAGAAAUCAGAAGUGCAUUUCUUUUGGGCUCUAAGGAACGACUCACAGAUCCCGGAGGGGUUUGAGGAACGAGUUAAGGGACGUGGCAUGGUUCAUAUUGGUUGUGGAAGGGCUAGGGUUUGGGCGAGUUCUGAUACUCUUCCAAUGAGUGAUCAAGGGCUCAACACGAGGAUGCUGGAGGGAAAGGGACUUGGUGUUGAGAUCCCAAGAGAUGAGAGAGAAGGAUCAUUUGACUCUGACUCGGUGGCUCACUCGGUUCGUUUGGCCAUGGUGGAUGAUGCAGGCGAGUCGAUUAGGGCAAAGGCAAAGCUCAUGAAGGGUUUGAUUGUGAACAUAGAUAAUAAUUAUCGCCAUGUUGACGAACUUGUCCGUUUUAUGACAAGUGAAACAUGCAGCAGUCUCGUUGCUGAUAAGUAG